AUGGGUCAUGUUGACCACGGUAAGACCACCAUGCUAGAUUGGCUUCGCAAGUCUUCUGUUGCUGCCCAAGAGCAUGGUGGCAUCACGCAGCAUAUUGGUGCAUUCUCUGUCAGGCUCUCCACAGGGAAGCAGAUCACCUUCCUUGACACGCCCGGCCACGCGGCCUUCCUGACCAUGCGCCAGCGAGGAGCAAAUGUCACGGACAUCGUCAUUUUGGUUGUUGCAGCCGAUGACAGCGUCAAACCCCAGACGUUAGAAGCCCUGAAGCAUGCGCGAGCUGCCAAAGUUCCGAUCAUUGUCGCAAUCAACAAGAUAGACAAGGAUGAGGCCCGCGUCGACCACGUCAAGGCAGAUCUAGCACGCCAUGGAAUUGAAAUAGAGGAUUUUGGUGGUGAUGUUCAAGUCGUCUGUGUCAGUGGUAAGACCGGCGAAGGAAUGAACGAUUUGGAGGAGAACAUCCUUACUCUAUCCGAAAUUUUAGACGUCCGGGCUGAGACUGACGGAAUGGCGGAGGGGUGGAUUCUCGAGGCCAGCAUCAAGCCAAUCGGCAAGGUAGCAACUGUCCUUGUGAAGCGUGGAACUCUGCGAAUAGGUGAUUACAUUGUGGCAGGUACAACUUGGGCAAAGGUUCGAGUCAUCCGAAAUGAGGCCGGCGUGGACAUUGAAGAAGCAGCACCAGGGACGGCAGUGGAAAUUUUGGGUUGGAGAGGAGACCCUAUUGCAGGCGACGAAGUCAUUCAAGCGCCGGAUGAGUCGAAGGCAAAGAUAGCGACACAUUACCGCGAAGAAAUCCGGGACCGCGAGAGUGCUGUUGCUACUAAAGCUGCACAAGAACAACAGGAGCGAGAGAAGGCUGAAAAGGAGAACACGGAGGAUACGCCAGAGCCUGAGGAGUCUGGCACGAAGAUCGUCAACUUCAUCGUCAAAGGCGAUGUCGUGGGUUCUGUAGAGGCUGUGUGUGCUGCGAUUAUGGAAAUUGGCAGUAAUGAGGUUCGACCAAGAGUUCUGCGAUCAUCAGCCGGCCAGGUCACCGAGUCAGACGUCGAUCAUGCGGCUACAUCCAAGGGCAUGAUCAUCAGCUUCAACAACCCUAUUGCAGGGUUUAUCAAGCAGAGAGCAAAGGACGCCGGGGUCAAGAUCCUUGACUAUAAUGUUAUUUACCAUCUCACGGAUGAGGUGAAGGACAGGUUAUCCGACUUGUUACCACCAUUAAUCUCUACCAGGGUUGUUGGCGAGGCAGAGGUCUUGCAGGUCUUCCCUAUCAACCUGAAGGGGCGGGUGUUCAAGAAUAUUGCCGGAUGCAGGGUGCGUAACGGUCAGAUAAGCAGGACCGCGAAAUACCGCGUACUGCGGAGUGGGGAGAAUGUCUUCCAAGGGUCUUUGGACUCACUGAAGCAUGGCAAGAAGGAUGUUGAUGAGAUGAAGAAAGGAUCGGAAUGUGGAAUUUCAUUCGAAGGCUGGGAUGAUAUUCGACAGGGCGAUCAAAUUCAAGCGUAUGAAGAGACACAGGAGAAACGGCAUUUGUAG